CUUGACUAAUUAUGUUAGAUAACUAUUAAGAAAAUAUAAUAUGUUGUAAUCUUUAUGAAUAAAGUUUAAAAAUAAUUUCUGAAAUGCAUAUGGUAUGUAUAGUUAUGCAAUUUGACAUAUUUAAUAUAAUUACCAAAAAUUAUAUUAAAGUAAAUUAAUAUUAAACACAAAUAUGAUUACAAAAAAAAAACAUAAAUAUAAAAAUUAAAAUUUUCAAAAAAAAAUAAAACAAAAAUAUACCCGAAAAAUCUAGGUACGUAAAUUAAAUGAAAUGUCCAAAGACGUGUGGCUCGUGAGUCUCUUGGAAUAGAUAAAGUAAACUCGUGCGGCUCAAGGUUAGAACUAAUAGUUCUUUCGUCACUUCUUACACUACUACACAGCCAUGAGCCAUGAAUUUUCUUUUGAAGGAAAAAAGAAAUAUGAUAUGAUGGAAGUUGUUGUCCCUUACUUUACUUGAAAGAAGUUGUUGGUUCCUUAAGUGUGGUAUAUGGAUAAACAUCAUAUUAUUAGUGACGUAUUAAUAUUAUGUUCAAAAAAUUUCAAUAUCUUCAUCUAUUUAUUCUCUGUUCCUUUUAUAUUUGCAUCAUUGUUUCUAAGGAAUUUCAUUCCCUUUUUGUUAUAGGUCAUCUUACGGUGUCAUCAAGCUUGCACACUAGCUAUCUCCCCACACUACCACUAUAUGCUCAUAGAAUGUUUGGUACCCGUGCUUUAGUAUCCUUUUUAUUUAUACACAGAAUUAUUUUUGGCGGAAAACUCAAUUAAAUAGUUUUUUUCAAAAAAGAAAAGAAAAAGACACUUGUUACGAAAAAAAGAAGAAGAAAAAAAAACAGUUUAUGUUACAAUUUUAAAUAAAUAAUCUGAUUAGUGACCUGAUAUUUGGGCCAGAAGGUUCAAGAGCUGUGAAUAUUGGGCCGAUAGGUUCAACAGCUCACUACUAUAGACUUUGUUCCGCUCAUAGUUUAGGAGGCAAAACGUAUGCUGUUUUGAAAGCAUAUAAACGGCGUAAACAAUAAUAACCCUUUAGGAACCAAGUUUCCGUAAAUACCCUCACUCUCCUCCUAUUUCAACGGCCCUUCUCCCAAUUUUCCCGCGAGAAAUCCUCUCCUUCCAUAAUCAUCAAAAGAAAAAAAAAAUGCCAACAAAAAAAAACAAAAAAAUUCACGACGCAAGCAAAGUGCCCUAACCAUUCCUCCUUCCUCUCUCCACCAAUCGCUACGUACCUCUCUCUCUUAACUGCGGAAUCCGAUUAACACCGGAAUCCGCCAUGGAAGAUGAAUAAGAUCCGAUCUCUCCGCUUCCUCCUCCCCGAGACCAUAACCUCCGCCGCAUCUAACCGAGGAUCUGUCGCCGUACACUACGGCAGCCAAGUCCUUCCAUGGCGGCAUCAGAUCCUGGACCCGGACAGCAGCAUCGUCACCUACUGGAACCACGUCUUCCUCGUCACCUCCAUCCUCGCCCUCUUCCUCGAUCCUUUCUAUUUCUACGCUCCUUACGUCGGCGGCCCCGCGUGUCUCUCCGUCGACGUCGGCCUCGCCGCGACGGUCACGUUCUUCCGCUCGGUGGCCGAUCUCUUCCACCUCUUGCACAUUUUCAUGAAAUUCAGAACGGCCUUCGUCGCGCGGAGCUCUAGAGUUUUUGGACGCGGUGAGCUCGUUAGGGAUCCGAGAGAGAUCGCUAUGAAGUACUUGAAGAGCGAUUUCAUCGUCGAUGUUGCCGCCAUGCUUCCUCUUCCUCAGCUUGUAAUUUGGCUAGUAAUUCCAGCCGCAACCAACGGGACUGCUAAUCAUGCCAAUAGCACGCUCGCCCUUAUCGUUCUCGUCCAAUACAUUCCAAGAUCAUUCAUCAUAUUCCCACUUAACCAAAGGAUUAUAAAAACAACCGGGUUCAUCGCCAAGACUGCUUGGGCAGGAGCUGCAUACAACCUCCUCCUCUACAUCCUUGCUAGUCACGUGUUGGGAGCAAUGUGGUAUCUAUCAUCAAUUGGGCGGCAGUUCUCGUGCUGGUCCAAAGUAUGCGAGAAAGAUCACGCCCUGAGAGUUUUGGAUUGUCUUCCUAGCUUCUUGGACUGCAAGAGUCUACAGCAACCUGAGCGACAGUAUUGGCAGAAUGUUACUCAGGUUCUUUCUCAUUGUGAUGCUACGAGCAGCACUACUAACUUCAAGUUUGGCAUGUUCGCUGAAGCCUUUACCACUCAAGUCGCUACUACGGAUUUUGUGUCAAAGUACUUAUAUUGUCUUUGGUGGGGUUUGAGAAAUCUAAGUUCUUACGGCCAGAAUAUAACCACAAGUGUAUAUCUUGGCGAGACCUUGUUCUGUAUUACAAUCUGUAUUUUUGGGUUGAUUCUCUUCACACUCCUGAUCGGUAACAUGCAAACAUCAUUACAAUCAAUGUCUGUAAGAGUUGAGGAAUGGAGAGUUAAGAGACGAGACACCGAAGAAUGGAUGAGACAUCGUCAACUACCUCCAGAGCUUCAAGAACGUGUCCGAAGAUUCGUUCAAUACAAAUGGCUUGCAACUAGAGGCGUCGAUGAAGAGUCAAUUCUCCAGUCUUUACCUACUGACUUACGCCGUGAAAUCCAACGCCAUCUCUGUCUUGCUCUUGUCCGCAGGGUCCCGUUCUUCUCACAAAUGGAUGAUCAACUUCUUGACGCUAUAUGCGGAUGUCUUGUCUCAUCUUUAAGCACGGCAGGGACCUACAUAUUCCGUGAAGGUGAUCCGGUGGAUGAGAUGCUCUUUGUGAUUAGAGGACAAAUAGAGAGCUCAACUACAAACGGAGGAAGAUCUGGUUUCUUUAACUCCACUACUCUAAGACCUGGUGAUUUCUGUGGAGAAGAGCUUCUUACAUGGGCCUUGAUGCCAAACUCUACACUUAAUUUUCCUUCUUCAACCCGUAGCGUCCGUGCACUCUCUGAGGUUGAAGCAUUUGCCUUAAGCGCAGAGGAUCUUAAGUUUGUUGCUCAUCAGUUCAAACGUCUUCAAAGUAAAAAAUUACAACACGCUUUCAGGUACUACUCACAUCAGUGGCGAGCAUGGGGAGCUUGUUUUGUGCAAUCCGCAUGGAGAAGAUACAAGCGACGAAAGCUCGCUAAAGAGCUCAGCUUGCACGAGAGUAGCGGAUACUAUUACAGAGAUGAAACAGGAUACAACGAAGAAGGCGACGAAGAAAACUACUAUGGAAGCGACGACGAUAAUUUCGAAGGUGAGAGACUGUCUGUGGACAACACAAACAACAGCCAAAACCUUGGAGCAACAAUGUUGGCAUCUAAGUUUGCAGCAAACACGAGAAGAGGCACGAAUCAAAAGGCUUCAAGUAGUAGUAGUACUGGUAAGAAAGAUGGAUCUUCGAAUAGUUUGAAAAUGCCUCAACUAUUCAAACCUGAUGAGCCUGAUUUCUCUAUGGAUAAAGAAGACGUUUAAAAGUGUGACAUGUUUGAUUUUUAGUUGGUAAAUAGUGUUAGGAAAUAAAUAUUUGGGAUUUUAACUUCUAACAGCAUGAUUAAUAGGGGGUGCUUAGCAAAAAAUUAAUAUAAUAGCGGGUGUAAUAGCGGGUGGGACCCACACAAAAACUAAGCACCUGUAAUUAUUCUGCUUAAUUAAGCACCGGUGUUAGUACUGUUUUGCGGGCCCCACUGAUACGUGGCGAUCCGCGAUUGGUUCGUUUUUAAUUUUCACAAGAAAAACCAAAAAAAAAAAAAAAAAAUUAAA